AUGACUCUCACACAAGCUGCUAGUUCUCUUGCCUGUGCAAGUAGAGGUUGGGCGAAUUUGGAUAUUGAUAAGAUUGAAUAUCUUGGAGAAGAAUUUGCCAAUCAGCUUGAUGAAGGGUAUCAAGUAAUUUGCCCUUGGAGAGGAAAUAGUUGUGCUGAAAGCUUAGUGCAAUUCCCUCCUACACCUCCAUCAGCCCUCAUAGGAGGCUACAAAGAUCGUUGUGAUGGAUUAUUCCAAUUUCUUUACCUCUCAAUUGUUGCUUCUUCCACACUUGAUCAAAUGAAGGUCUCUAGAGGCCUGGAAAUUACUUGA